GGGCCCGACGCGGGACACGAUGAGCGGCGCCUGCACGAGCUACGUGAGCGCCGAGCAGGAGGUGGUGCGCGGCUUCAGCUGCCCGCGGCCGGGGGGCGAAGCGGCCGCCGUCUUCUGCUGCGGCUUCCGCGACCACAAGUACUGCUGCGACGAUCCACACAGCUUCUUCCCCUACGAGCACAGCUACAUGUGGUGGCUCAGUAUUGGCGCUCUCCUGGGCCUGUCCAUAGCAGCCGUAGUCCUCCUGGCCUUCAUUGUCACUAGCUGUGUGCUUUGCUACCUGUUCAUCAGCUCAAAACCCCACACAAGGUUGGACCCAGGCUUAAGCCUACAGAUCACAGCCCCCGAUGAAGUACCCCCUGACUGUCAAGGUGGGAACACUGGCGAUUCAGUGGAGGUGCCAGGAGUGAGCCUUCUCGGGCAGGGUCACCCCUUCUUGAACCCAUGGCUGGACUGCAAUGAGAAGCAGGCUAUGGACUCCAAAUGCCUCCUCUAGCACCGCUUCAUGGCUACAGUGACUGCCAGUGACAUUCCGGGCAGCCCUGAGGAGCCCCCUGUCUCCAAACUAGAUGUAUCCCCAUAAACAUCCAAUAAAUGUCUCUACAUCAUCCUUUUCUGGACACUCCUUUUGGCAAAAACACAGGGGUGGGAAUAAUUAAGGGAACUUUGGAGCCCAGCAGCAUAAAUGAGGGCUUUUCCUAGCAAACCCACUCGGAUCCCAUUGCAGACCCAGCUACAGUGCUCUGCCUGGCUCACUGAGGGCCAAAGGGAGUUGGGACAUGGGCCCCAGUAAAAUGGUCCUAAGAGCUCCAUGCGGUCAAGGGAGAAGCCUGGGGCCUCUAGAGACUCAGAGGAGCUCCUUGCCCAAACUGCAGAGUCAGAGGAUUCUGACUUGGUUCCUGCCACGGAGCAGAUGUACUUAGGAAACCUGGGGAAGAUGACUAGGACCCAGGGCAGGCGACUCCUGCCUCUCCAGCAGCGCUGUGUCCCUCCUGGAGUGAGCCCCUUGCCAAGGAGCAGAAUGAGAGGGAGUGUGGAGCACACACACGGGGCCCAGCUGUGUUUAAUAUCAUUCAGUUUCUCAGGAGAAUGAGUGAUCAAGUGAGUGAGGGAAUGAAUGGUUAACAGACCGAACACAAGCUCCACAGUGUGGACUCCUGGUCCCGUGUGGCCUUGACAAAGUCCCUUAGUCUCCCUGAGCUUCAGUUCCCUUGGAAGGUUAUGGUGAAUGUUCAAUGAGAUGAUGGAUAUAGACUUUCUUCCUAAACAUGAAAAUACUACAAAGACUUUUAUUUUGUCUUUUUAGGGCCACACCUGCGAAAUAUGGAAGUUCCCGGACUAGGGGUCAAAUCAGAGCUGCAGCUGCC